UCUAAAAAUGGCGGACCAUUUUCACGCAAGUUUUGUAUAAAUUCAUGCAUUCGUGAACUCUCAUCAGUCUCGAAGUGAACAAGUCUACAAAGGAAAAAUAUGGCAUUCAAAGCUCUUCUUUUCGUAGCGGUGGCGGUUGCAGCUUUCGCUUACACCAGCGCGACUGAAUGCUACCUCUGCAACUCUCAAAUCGUCCCAGGGUGUGCUAAGGAACAAGGAAAAAGGUCCAACUCCUUUGACUGUGCUUCACAGACACCACUUACUGGUUUGAAAUACAAUUGUCUGAAAACAGUAUACGAAAUUGGUGGAUACGAACAUGUACAAAGAAACUGCAUCGAAAAGAACGUAACGUGCGGAACACUUAGGAAACAGUUCAAGGCACAAGGUGUCGAUUUGAAGGAAUGUCUAGUGUGUGGCAAAAAACUUUGCAACGGACAGUAGACAUCUGUAUAAUCUGUAAUUAUUGUAGGGAUGUUAGUUCAAUAAAUCGUACAAAGUUUUAGCGACAAGGUCGUCUGAAUAACGUUUUCCCUUUCAUUUUACCGC